UGCAGACAUUUUGUUCUUCUUCUUCUAACUUCCCCUCCUGUGACUGGGGACAUAAAUGUUCGAGAAACAAAAGCCCAGAACGCUAAGGUUGCCACUCUCACUUCCUCUUGCCCCUUAACUCAGCAGCAUUGCUUUCAAUACAGUAAUUGUCCCGGGGCAACCAGCGGGGGAGAGAAGGUCGCAGAGCCCUAGCGGCCACCCCAGGAGGUGGAUACAGCGUGUCAUGUUUCACAGAGCCACUUCUGGGCACAGAAAAUGCCAGAAUGAUGUCUCCUACCCACCUGGCUGGGAUAUUGAUCCCAGCCAUGGCCUUCCUCUCCUGCCUGAGACCUGAGAGCUGGGACCCUUGCGUGCAGGUGGUUCCUAACAUUACUUACCAAUGCAUGGAGCUGAAUCUCAGCAAAAUCCCCAACAACAUCCCCACAUCAACCAAGAAACUGGACCUGAGCUUUAACCCCCUGAGGCAUUUAGGCAGCCAUUGCUUCUCCAACUUCCCAGAACUGCAGGUGCUGGAUUUAUCCAGGUGUGAAAUUCAGAUAAUUGAAGAUGAUGCAUAUCAGGGCCUAAACCACCUCUCCAUCUUGAUAUUGACAGGAAACCCUAUCCAGAGAUUAUUUCCAAGAGCCUUUUCUGGACUAUCAAGUUUAAAGACGCUGGUGGCCAAGGAGACAAAACUAACAUCUCUAGAGGAUUUCCCCAUUGGACAUCUCAAAACCUUGAAGGAGCUUAAUGUGGCUCACAAUCUUAUCCAUUCCUUCAAGUUACCUGCAUAUUUCUCUAACAUGCCAAACCUGGAGAACGUGGAUCUUUCCAAUAACAAGAUCCAAAAUAUUUAUCGUGAAGACUUGCAGGUUCUACAUAAAAUGCCACUACUCAACCUUUCUUUAGACUUGUCCCUGAACCCUUUAUACUUUAUCCAACCAGGUUCCUUUAAAGAAAUUAAACUCCAUGAACUGACUUUGAGAAGUAAUUUUGAUAGUACAGAUGUAAUGAAAACUUUUAUUCAAGGUCUGGCUGGCUUGAAGAUCAAUCAGUUGGUUCUGGGAGAAUUUAAAAAUGAAAGGAACUUGGAGAGCUUUGACAAUUCUCUCCUGGAAGGACUGUGCAAUUUGACCAUUGAAAAAUUCCGGAUAGCAUACUUUGAUAGCUUCUCAGAGGAUACUACUAACUUAUUUAACCACUUGGCAAACAUUUCUGCAAUUUCUUUGGCGCAUCUGUAUUUAGACACACCAAAAUACCUUCCUAAAAAUCUCAGAUGGCAGCGGUUGGAAAUAGUUAAUUGUAACUUAGAACAAUUUCCCGCAUGGGAGCUGGACUCUCUCAAGGAGUUUGUUCUCACUUCCAACAAAGGUAUAAGCACUUUUGCUGAGAUGAAGAUGGAAAGCCUUGAGUUUCUAGAUCUCAGUAGAAAUGGCCUGAGUUUUAAGACUUGCUGCUCUCACUCUGAUUUUGGGACAACCAGACUGAAACAUUUAGAUCUGAGCUUCAAUGAAAUCAUUACCAUGACUUCAAACUUCUUGGGCUUAGAACAACUUGAAUAUCUAGAUUUACAGCAUUCCAGUUUGAAGCAGGCCAGUGAUUUUUCAGUAUUCUUGUCCCUCAGAAACCUCCGUUACCUUGAUAUUUCUUAUACUCGCACUGAAGUUGUUUUCCAGGGCAUUUUUGAUGGCUUGGUCAGCCUCCAAGUCUUGAAAAUGGCUGAUAAUUCUUUUCAGGACAACUUCCUUCCCAAUAUUUUCAAAGGGCUGACCAACUUAACCUUUCUGGACCUUUCUAGGUGUCAUCUGGAACGGGUGUCCGAGGAAGCAUUUGUCUCACUUCCUAAACUUCAGUUGAUAAAUAUGAGUCACAAUAGCCUCUUGUCAUUGGGUACACUAGCUUAUGAACCUCUCCUCUCCCUCCAGAUCCUAGAUUGCAGUUUUAAUCGAAUAGUAGCCUUCAAGGAACAAGGACAACAGCAUUUUCCAAGUAAUCUAGUUUCCUUAAAUCUUACUCGGAAUAACUUUGCUUGUGAUUGUGAACAUCAGAGUUUCCUGCAGUGGGUCAAAGACCACAGGCAGCUCUUGGUGGAAGUUGAACAAAUGGUGUGUGCAAAACCUUUAGACAUGCAGGACAUGCCCUUGCUAAGUUUUAGGAAUGCCACCUGUCAGAGGAGCAAGACUAUCAUUAGUGUGUCAGUUUUCACUGUGCUCAUGGUUUCUCUGGUAGCAGUUUUAGCGUAUAAGUUCUAUUUUCACCUGAUGCUUCUCGCUGGCUGCAAAAGGUAUAACAGAGGUGAAAGUACCUAUGAUGCAUUUGUUAUCUACUCAAGCCAGGAUGAAGACUGGGUGAGGAAUGAAUUGGUAAAGAACUUGGAGGAGGGAGUGCCCCCCUUUCAGCUCUGCCUUCACUACAGAGACUUCAUUCCUGGUGUGGCCAUUGCCGCCAACAUCAUCCAGGAAGGCUUCUACAAAAGCCGGAAGGUUAUUGUUGUGGUGUCCCAACACUUCAUCCAGAGUCGGUGGUGCAUCUUUGAGUAUGAGAUUGCCCAGACUUGGCAGUUUCUUAGCAGUCGUGCUGGCAUCAUCUUCAUUGUCCUGCAGAAGGUGGAGAAGUCCCUGCUGCGGCAGCAGGUGGAGCUGUAUCGCCUCCUCAGCAGAAACACUUACCUGGAAUGGGAAGACAGCGUCCUGGGGCGGCACAUCUUCUGGAGACGGCUCCGAAAAGCCUUGCUGGAUGGUAAACCGUGGAGUCCAGAAGGAACAGAGGAUGCAGAAAACAGCUAGCAUGAAGCAGGAAACUCUGCUUGAGGAUGAAAAGCUCCUGCGGUGCUUCUUGCCCAGCUGGACCCAGUACUUGUUCAGUUAGCGAUGUACCUGCCACUGUGCUAAGGGCGGAUGAGUCAGUGGUGCACGAGGGCUGCAGGACUGCCAACCUCAUGGAGUUUACAGUGCAGAGGGAAUAAUGCUGUGCUAAACCACAGAACCUCCAGGUGGAUGCUUCCACCAAAUCAGCUGAGGAGUCCAUGGCUGAGUCCAUGGAAAGUCAACUCAAUUCUUACCCCAUCAAACUGAGUUAGAACUAAGAGACUGGGUCCCAGAGAGAUCAGGGAAGAGAUAUAGUUCUUCAACUGAGUCUCUGGAGUGGAAACUACCUCAUGACAUGCUAGCUCUCUGAAAGCUGUUUGGGCAGUUUUAACUGAACCAGGUCUUUGCCCACUUUUCCCUUUUCUAUUGAAUGCAAUUGAAAUUCCGCUUGAUGACUCAAAAGGAUCCUGAUUCAGAUCCCUUCCCCACUACUCUAAGCCAGUUUCCUUACAAAGGCUAAAUAAAGUCUAGCAACUAGUUCCAAAGGAAUUCUGAUUAACGCAUAUCCACAAAUAUCCUGGCCAUUCUUUGGGAUGUUCUAUUUAUUAACUAAUUUUGCCUGAUACAUUUUUGUUUUUAUAAAAUCCAGUUCUCAUUUUUCAUGUCUCCUCUAUAAACUCUUACCGUAAAUAAGGCUGUUAGAGACAUGCUGGAAAUUUCCAUAUUUAAGCACUAUCAUUCAAGCGAAUAUGUAAAAUACACUCCAUCAUUUUGUCACUUGAUGUCACUCUAAAGUUAUUACCUACUAAGUUAUGACUGUCAUGAAGGAAACAUUAAAAUAAUUUGGUUGAAAGUGGCACUCAUUGUAAUAGAGAGAGACAAGUCCAAAUUUCUGGUCUAAUAAUGUGCAAUUCGGGGCUAAGGGCAGACCAAGAAAUGGGAUGACCUGGAGGUCCCAGAAACAUAGGGCUGAUAUGGCUGAGGUGACCACGUGACAAGAGCUACAGCAGUUUCUUCUGCAGGAAAUGAGUAUUUUCUGAUGGA